UCAGUAUCUGUGUGAGCAGAGCUCUUUAGAAGUUUUCAAUUGUCAUUCCUGAAUUGAUGACUUUCAGUGUAGGGUGCUGAGAUCAGACUGGUGAUGGUGCUAGUGAUGGUGGCUUUACUCCACAGUUAGUGGUUUAUGUCAAGAUGUAUGAGUUAUUCCCCAGGUUGUUCAGGGGAAGGCUAUGUUAGUGAUGAACAUGUUCCGCUUUUGACUUUUUAAAGACUUCUAAAGGUGUUGGGAUGAGCAAUAGAAGCAUAGGCAUAAAAAAACAGAAUACUAAAUAUAUAAUCCAUACAUUUUGUAUCAUAUCUGUUAGAAUUAUGGUUGGUUUGUUUGUUCGUAGUUUAAUACAACAACACCUGAUGGCUGGUGAAGAGGGAAAAUCAGGACAAAUCUAUAACAGUAUUCCUGGUUCUCAGCAGUUUGGAACCACCGUCUCCUGUUGACGCUGCAUGUUUCACUGUGAUAGAGUUCUAAAUGGAGACUGGAUGCCAGUUACUUCAGAGUCCUGGGUCACCCUUUGACUACGUCAAGGACAAAAGCAGAAGUAGGUCGUAGAAAACCUGGCAUGCAUGUCACUUAAUGCCAACAGUCCCAUGUCUGACACAGUAACGGUUCCAAAAUCUGUCUUUAGUGAUUGGUUUAUACUUUAGCAAUUUGUUCAGGGAGCCUGUCUGGGAUGCUUCCUUCCUGUAGUCUAAUUCUAGACCUACCGAUAAAGCAGACAUUAGAGCUUGUUCACUUAUUUUUUUCAUAUUCUGUCUUGCAUCUCAAGUUGAUAUUUGUCUUCCAUUUACUACAGAAAUUGUGUUAUGAUUUAAUACCCAUUGAGUUUUACUUUACUUACUUUUGGACUUUGCCACUUUGGAUGUUAAUAUAAAACUUGUUUCUUAGCCUUCUAGUUCCUCAAGAAACCAACGUAGAGAUUUAGGUUUACAGUGGACACAGACCCGUACUGUGAAAUCCUAUUUGGGAAUUGUUAGCUGUAACCCAACUAAAUGGAUAGUGAUCCAGGGUUGUCAAACAGGGUCCACCUUUAAUUCCAUUUAAGUCAUAAUCAACAAGUUGUUUUGCUUUGUUCGAUUUAAAUUGUUUACCAACCUCAUGUUUGAGGAUGGGCGAAGCAACCGAAACCAGAAUUAGAGUUAACUAAGUUGGUAUGUACACAUAGUUCCAGGGAAAAUUUGUUUACCACUGUUAUUUGUCACUUUGAAUAAAAGAAUACCUGUCUAGUAAAAUCAAAAACAGACGGAACAUAAUAGAAAAACAGAAAUGAAGAAACCUGAAAGAUCUUUCUAUCAUCAACCCAAUGUUAGGAAAUCGAUUCUGUGACCUCGCUGGUUCCAAAACUUGCCCUAAAAUCUUGAAAAAAGAGAUCACUGAUUAACGAGUGAUUAUACCAAGAGAUUAUGGGCUGAAUUCCCAGAUCCUCUUAGCUCAUCUUCUUAUAACGUGCCUAAGGGGUAUAUAACCAUGGCUCCAUGUAAGAAGUAAGAGAGCAGAGACAGCUACAAACACAGAGCUUUAGGUUUUACUCUAUUCUGCUAAUUCAAAUCACAGCCUGAGAAAAUGGAGAAUGGCACAGAAGGCAAGAACUUCUACAUUCCCAUGAACAACAGGACAGGGCUGGUGAGGAGUCCCUUUGAGUAUCCACAGUACUAUUUGGCAGAUCCAUGGCAAUUCAAAUUAUUAGCUGCGUACAUGUUCUUCCUGUUGAUCACCGGCUUCCCAAUCAACGCUCUGACACUGGUGGUCACAGCUCAGAACAAGAAGCUCCGGCAGCCUCUCAACUACAUCCUGGUGAACUUGGCAGUCGCGGGAUUGAUCAUGAUCACCUUUGGAUUCACAACAACCAUUUACUCUUCUAUGAUGGGCUAUUUUUCUUUGGGACCCAUUGCCUGUGAUAUGGAAGGUUUCUUUGCUACAAUUGGAGGUCAAGUAUCACUAUGGUCUCUUGUGGUCUUGGCUAUUGAGAGAUACAUAGUGGUCUGUAAACCAAUGGGUAGUUUUAAAUUUACUGCCACCCAUUCUGCAAUUGGCUGUGGAUUUACCUGGGUCAUGGCUCUCUCCUGUGCGGGUCCUCCUUUGGUGGGCUGGUCGAGGUAUAUUCCUGAGGGUAUUCAGGUAUCCUGUGGACCUGACUAUUACACGUUGGCCCCAGGUUUCAACAAUGAAUCAUUCGUGAUGUACAUGUUCACCUGCCACUUCUGUUUCCCUGUCUUCACAAUCUUCUUCACAUAUGGGAGUCUUGUUUUGACAGUCAAAGCUGCUGCAGCCCAGCAGCAGGACUCAGCUUCCACUCAGAAAGCUGAGAGGGAAGUGACACGUAUGUGCGUCCUGAUGGUCCUCGGCUUCCUUCUUGCUUGGGUCCCCUAUGCUUCCUUUGCUGCGUGGAUUUUCUUUAACAGAGGAGCUGCCUUCUCAGCUACCGCCAUGGCCAUUCCUGCCUUUUUCUCCAAGAGCUCAGCAUUAUUUAACCCAGUUAUCUACAUUUUGAUGAACAAACAGUUCCGUAACUGCAUGCUGGCAACAAUUGGAAUGGGUGGCAUGGUUGAGGAUGAGACCUCAGUGUCAACCAGCAAGACAGAAGUCUCCACUGCAGCUUAAUGAUUACAGCUACACAUCUUCAGACAGCCUCCUUCCUUAUGUUUUCUUAAUUCUGUGUGUUAUGGACACGGAAAUAAAGAAACGGAUUCAAGGCAAACUUUGCUGCAACAAAAGGACUUUAAUCUCUAUAUACUGGCCUGUGAUGUUUUGCUGCACACAUUUCUGAAUAUUAUCUACAUCUGGGGAAAAAUGAUUUAAAAAAAACAACAAAAACAAAUAAAUAAGCAAAAAAAAAACAAAUAAAAAAAAAGGGACUCUAAGGUGAGACACAGCCUGAUGUGUGUUUCCUUGCUCAACUGUGUUGGUAACAUCUGCUUGUGAAAUGUUCAGAUGGUGAGUGGGUGAGAUUCACCUAUGUAUAUUUAUGAAAUGUGAAAUUUUGCAUUUGUUUCAGCCUCUGUCGUAAUAGCCUGUAAAUAUUUUCUAAAAAAAGAAAAAGUAUAGAGAUACAGAUUAAAUGCAUGCAUGAAAAGACGUAUUGGUUCGUGCUUCCUUGUUGUCUAUGCAAUUGAAAGAUUAUUGAAGGAGCAGGUAAAUUGGAAAUUGGAUCAUUCC